GUUCAUAGUCUUACUCACAGUCACCGCUUCACCGAAAGUAAAAAUGGAAAUACAUACGCUAGUGUCGUCUCGUCGCAACAAAACUGAAACCCAACCUUGAGCUUCUUCGAACAGAGAAGAGAUGGUUUUCUUGUGCUGGGCUCGUCCAUCUCCUCAAGAACAGAAGGCCUGCAUCAACAAGUCAGGUGCAUUCAACUAUGAGGCUAAAUUCAGAGGAGCUACUGCUAAGCCCCUGUCUUGCCUCCAAGAAGAUAAAGAGCUCUCAAAAGAUGGUUUCUUACUGAACCAUGCACGUGUGUUAGUUGGCUCCGGUCUUGAGACUUUUGAAAAGGGUAAAAGCGCUCUACAAACUUGGAGGCAUUUUGGAUUGGAUUGGGCAUUUGUUGAUUCUAAAACUCCAAUUCAGAAUGGAGUCAAGUUCUGUGUUUGUCUCAAGGAGUUUCUCCCAUGGAUGAUGAUGCCACUGCAGGUUGUGUAUGUAAAUGACAAGAGAAAGGCUAACAAGGCCAUGAUGUCAUUUGGUUUUGGAAGCGGUACCCUUCAAGGUCACCUACUGGCUGGGGAAGAACGUUUUUCCAUUGAGUUAGACGAGAACAACCAAGUGUGGUAUGAAAUAAUUUCCUUCUCAAAACCUGCCCACUUUUUGUCAUUUAUUGGGUAUCCAUAUGUAAUGCUAAGGCAAAAGUAUUUUGCUCAUCAAUCUACCCAUGCAGUUCUGAAACAUAUGACUGCUUCACAAUCCUAAUGUAAAAGCAAAUGUAAAUGAAAACUUGUCUUACAAAGACUUCAUGUAUUCUUCACUUAUAUUAUUCUAGCAAACUAUGCCAUUUUGCUGUGUUAAUGCAUCAA